GUAUUGUAUGUAAUUAAAUAAAGUGGCGCAAAGUGGAAUUUGCUUUUGUCCUGAGCAAUAGGUCAUUGAGCUAAGAUAUUUGAGAAGCACCUUAAUUCUUAGUGCCAAGUCUAAAAUCAGUUCCUGUAUUUGCAGUUUGAAGAUUCUAUCAGCAGGUGGUAAUAAAGUUCAUGGCAAUCCCUGACAAUCAUGUCCCUGACAAUCACUGUUGUAGUCAUUUUAUGAAACCAAAAAUGUAUGAGAUUUGUGUUAAACUUUCUAGGUCAUGGUUUAUUUUUUAAUUAUUCUUAUUAUUAUGUUUAUAUUUACAAUUGUAUUUAUGAACUAAUUUGUAUUAAUAUUUUUCCACCUGUUGUCAUAGAGUGAUUUUUAAGUCACUGUAAAAAGAUGGAAGAAGUUGGAGAGGGUUCGUUAUUUUGAUUAAAAAAAAAUUGUAAGUGUUAUUUGAAUUUAGAAAUGUUUUUGGUUUAAGUUUUUUGUGUUUCAAUAAAUGCAUUUAAUUUUUAAAGAAAAAAGUCUUAAAAGACUUUUAAAAAGUCUUACAUUUACUUUUUAAUAUUUAAGGCCAUAAAAAGUCUGCUCGUUUGCAUAUAUUUUGGGGCUUGAAAAGAGGAGAUGCUUGUGUGGAUUAUGAGGUGAAUUCAUCAAAUACCAAACAAUGGGGAAAUUUAAGUUUUAGUGGCUCGAAACUAAUGAGUUCUAAGCUUUAGUAUAAAGUAAACAUUAGGUAAUCAGGGCCUGGAAUUUGGCAUGGGAUUCCGGGUUUUGCGCACAAUUUUAAGAAUUUCCGCAUGUUCCACUUUCAAAAUGCGGGGAAUUCCAGCACACUUUUAUUCACUUAAACAUGUAGCUGAGAAUAAGUAAACAAUCCAGACUGAUGAACAAAUCAAAUCACAAUUUUACUGAAUUUAAGAUGUUACAGAUGUAUAACCUUCAGAAACCUGUUAAACCGACAUGCAAAUUGCAUAAUACCACGUCUCUGUAAGCGGGCGAUGCGAUAAAAAACUAUCGCUCCUGUUUAUAUUCAACGAAGCUGUCAAUGUGGCAACUUGCAAGAGUGCAAGGUUGGAGCCAAGUCACAGCACGCAUUGUUUCAAAGCAGCUUUACAGAAAAGUAUGCUGUAACAGAAAGUGAAGCUGUAAUGUCUGAAAUGUCUUAAAGUCAUCAUUGUGCAGUUUGAUGAAAAACCUAAUGGUGUACAAGUGAUAGUUUAUCCAAAAAGGAACAUUUUGUCAUCACUUACUCACCUUCAUGCUGUUGCAAGUCUUUAUGACUUUCUUUUUUCAGUGGAACUCAAAAGGAGAUGUUAGGGAGAAUGUUAGUUUCAGUUACCAUUCACUUUCAUUGAACGGAAAAAAAUAUAUGCUGUGACAGCGAAUGGUGACUGAGACUAACCUUUUACUUAAUAUCUCAUUAUUUUUAUUUUUUAACGGAAGAGAGAAAUUCAUACAGGCUAAGAAUAAGUAAUACAGAGUUGAUUAAGGAUGACAGAAAUUUCACUUUUGAAUGGAUUGCCCUUUAACUACCUGUUGAUAUAUUUGUUGAAGAUAUCUGCUAAGAACAGACAUCCAAGGUGUGGUUUUGUAUUGACCUGUAUAUACCCUGCUGUAGAAAUGAAGUGCGUACAAAUAAAUAAAUAAAUAAAUAAAUCCACAGCCUAAUCUGGAAGACCGGUACAAUAACUGUUAAUACUAGCCAUGAUGUGUGUGUCACUUGAUCAACAUGAUUAAUAAUACAUACAGUACAUUCUCUAUAACUGAACAGAGCCUUCAUCCAAAUCCUGACAAGAACCACAUUUUCCAUGUGUAUAGAAGGAGUUUGUUACUGUAAUAGAAAUAUGCCUGACAUUCAACAAGGACGCAGUUAAUGCACAAAAGAACGUAAGUCCAUAUUUCUUAUGAAUGUGCUGUCUUUGUUUAUGUCACUGGUGCUUGACAGUGAAUGGACUGCAAUAACUGGAGAGGAACCUCUUAAAUUGCACUUGACCCAUCCCAUUGGCACUUUGCGCACGCAAUGUUGCCAGUCCCACUUGCAUCUAGACUUAGCGCAUGUUUACACGAAAAUACCAAAACUUCAUGGCCAUGCCCCUUGACUUUGCGAGUAUGAUUUAUCACAUAGAGCUGCGAUGCACUGUGUUUAGGGUCUAGUGCUUUUAAAACAGGGCCCAUAGUCCCGCCUCAAACUCACGGCUGCUCAAAACAAAUAGAAGAAUGUUGAAAGUGCCACAGAGCCACAGUGUUUACACUUUUUGGGAGAUUCAACCUACAAAUGGUUUACUUAUAAUUGUUUCUACAUAUUAGAAUUGGAUAGAAGAAAGUAUUUGAAGAUCAAAAUAAAAAAUCCCCUUUCUGGAGAUUUAAAUGUAAUAAUAAUAAUAAUAAUGGAGAAAGACCUUUAGCAAGUUUUUCUACAACCUAUAUAUGCUACAAAAAUAAGUCAUAAACGAAUUAAAAAUGUAUUUUUCUAUAUUGCCAGCAACUGAUGAAUUAUCAUUAAUUAAUCAAUAAUAAUAAUCCCAUUACACAUUUUGUCAUCACCUCCUUUAUUUCUAUUCAAGUAUGAUACUCUCCUCUGCUCUUAAAAAUACAUGCACAGGGCUCAUUUUUAAACAUGUGAAGCAUCUGAGCUUGUCAGGUAAAAAAUCUAUCUAUGUUAGGGAAAAAACUUGUCAGAAUUUAACCAGUUUUAGUUUGUGUCACACAGAGCCUGUUGUGAGGAAUUAGGCCUUCAUCAGCUGCUGUAGAGAGGUCAGCAGGAAGAAUCGUAUUAAUUGAUAGCAUGGGUCCUCAUGGCUGAGCUAAUAUCCUGUGUCCACCACAAUCUUAUGACCUCUUCCAUUUAUGAAAAUCGUCAGCGUCUUCAUCCAGCAUUGCCUUCACGUCACCCAGUGCAAUCAUCAGCUGUGCCAGGUCCGAAGCCAUGAAGACCAGGCUGCCCAGCAGGAGAAAUGGUCGCUGAGUUCGAACAGCCAGUGUGGCCAUGAUAACGAUGAGGAGGGUGUAACACCCUAUGGCUGGAACGAGAAGAUCACCGUCUGGAUCAAGCUGGAGGAACGGCACCAAAUAUGGCUGACAGAUCUUUAGCCUUGAAGAUUGGAAUAGUGGGAUAUGGACAUUUGGGUCAGUUUCUUGUCGAGAGGAUCCAAAGGGAGGGACCCGAGGUGGGGCUGCAGUUGGCAUUUGUUUGGAAUCGAAAUUCGGAUAAACUGAAAGAUUCGGUGCCCAAAGAGCUCAUUGUAGACAAUCUCUUAGACAUCACACACAGGGACACUGAUGUAAUCGUGGAGGUGUGUCAUCCACAGAUAGUAAAAGAGUUUGGGGUCAGAUUUCUUUCACAUGCUCACUUCCUGGUGGGCAGUCCUUCUGCCCUCUCUGACCCCCAGCUUGAGCAGGAACUCCGCACUGCUGCAAAGCAGCAUAGCAAAACACUUUACGUGCCCAGUGGUGCAUUAUGGGGAGGCCAAGAUAUUCAGAGAAUGAAUGACAAUGGAACAUUGCGGGCUCUUUCCAUUCGAAUGUCUAAGCAUCCCUCUUGUUUCCGGCUGACUGGAGGUCUGCUCUCUGAUUGGACAGAAGGAGAGGGGAGGCGGGUCUUGUACCACGGCUCAGUGGCAAAACUCUGCCCCAUCGCUCCAAACAACGUGAACACCAUGGCAGCUGCGGCCAUAGCUGCAUCAACACUGGGGUUCUGUGGUGUCACUGGAGAAAUCGUUUCAGACACAGCAUUGGCAGACUAUCAUAUUGUGGAGGUUGAGGUAACUGGUCCAGAUGGGUUCUCGGUAAAAACAGUGCGACAGAACCCAGCCAAACUGGGAGCAGUUACAGGAAAUGCAACAUACAACUCCUUUUGGAGCAGCUUACUAGUAUGUAAGGGUCAUGGAGGGAGGGUGUUUUUGUGCUGAUGACAGUGGACCACUGCAGAAUGUGUGUAGCUACACACACACAAAAAAAAAGUUGCAUUCGAAUAAAACAUAUUUAAAAUAAAAACAA